AUGGACACUGUGAAUGCCCCCAAGGAGGGGCCCCAGGCAUCCAGACACAGAUUUUUCCACUGCCUGGACAAGGAUGGCAGCCAGUCCCUGGAUGCAGGGGAGCUGAGGCCGGGCCUGGCACAGCUGGGGCUGGAGGUGGGCAAGGCAGAGGCUCUGUGCAGGCACUGGGACUGUGAUGGCAGUGCCCUGGACCUGGAGUUCCUACAGGUGCUACAGGUGAGGCUGGACUCAACUCAGGAAGCUGUCAUUGUAGCUGCCUCUGCCAAGCUGGACCAGACUGGGGAUGGUGUGGUGACCACAUGAGGGGUGUACAGUGGAGAGUGGACAAAGGAUGAGGUCUUCCACCAAUUCCUCUACAAUUUUGACACUUUUGAGAAGGAUAGGCAGGUCACAUUACCUGAGUUCCAAGACUACUACAGCAGACUCAGCAACUCAAUGGAAGACCCAGAGUUUGUGGCCAUGGUGAGCAGCACCUGGCACCUCUGA